AUGUUCGACGUCACGACUGCUAUUUGGAUUUUUUUCAUCUUGGGCUGCGGUCCUCUGCUAGCAAUUAUCAGCAAGAUCGUGUUAGAAAUUCGAUCGAUCGGUGUAGAAGGCUUCCCCAAGCCUUUCCACAAGCCAUGGUUCAUCACGACGGUCAUGUUCCUCGGUAUGGCUCCUGGUAUAAUCGUUUAUAUCGCAAAGAUGAUUCGCAAUAAGACCAGACGGCAUCAUCAGAAUCGUCAGCCGUUGCUUCAAGUGAAGGCCGCCCCAGAGACCGAGCCGAUGCCCUUCUGGAAGUCCGCACUUUACUGUGCUUUACCCGCUUCUUUCGAUAUGAUUGGCACUACUGUUGGGUACAUCGGACUGUUAUAUAACUCCCCUUCGGUUUUCAUGAUGCUCAGAGGUUCCAUCAUCGUCUUUUCUGCCAUCCUUUCCGUAGUUUUCCUUCAUCGAAAACUCAAUGGUCAGAACUGGUUUGGUGUUAUUGUGUGCGCUGCUGCUGUUACUCUGAUUGGCGUAUCAAAUCUGUGCGCCCAAGAUGCAAAAGAGGUCGCCGAUGAACCAGAAGUGACUUCGGUCGGGCUUAUGGCUUUUGGUAUGCUGAUGAUCCUCCUUUCGCAGUUCAUCCAGGCAUUGCAAGUUGUUACCGAGGAGAAGUUCAUGAAGGAUAUGACCAUCGACCCCUAUUGUGUUGUCGGCAUGGAAGGUGUAUGGGGUACCAUUUACAUGGUCUGCAUCGUUUUACCAAUACUCUACGCCAUUCCUGGUGAUGACGCUGGUUCCUCAGAGAACACCUUGGACUCGUUGAUGCUGUUCGAGCACUCUAAAAAGAUGCAAACUUUCUUAGUGGUCUACGUCGUGUUCAUUUUCUUCGGCAAUUGUGCCGCUGUCAUUGUCACCAAGAUCCUUAGUGCUAUCCAUGUUACCAUGUUCAAUGCCAUGCAGCCCGCUAUUGUGUGGUUCAUUGGCCUUUUCACUUACUAUCUAGUUACCCCUGCCGCAUCUUUUGCUGAGCAGUGGACAGCGUGGUCAUGGUUGCAACUUGGUGGCUUCCUAUUCCUCGUCUACGGCCAACUGGUCUACGCCGACAUUCUUCACGUCCCCGGUUUCAAGCGCCCUAUUGUCCAGCAGGCAAUGCCGUUCGCGACUCCCACAUCGGUCACUGCUCUGGUCCCCAGUGUUGGUGUCGCGAGAAAGAACGCGUGA